AUGACAGUGAUGCGGGACACAGCGGGGCAGGAGGACUACGACGGGUUGCGGUUCUACCCGGACACGGACGUCGUCUUGGUGUGCUUUAGCAUCGACUCGCCCGACUCCCUGGAGAACAUCCCAGAGACCGGGAGACCGGAGGUGCGCUACUUCUGCCCCAACGUGCCCAUCAUCUUUGCGGGGAACAAGAAGUGCCUUGGCAACGUCCCGCGGACUCUGUCGGAGCUUGCCAAGAUGAAGCAGAAGGCGAGUCAGGAGGACUACGACCGGUUGCGGUCCUACCCGGACACGGACGUCGUCUUGGUGUGCUUUAGCAUCGACUCGCCCGACUCCCUGGAGAACAUCCCAGAGACCGGGAGACCGGAGGUGCGCUACUUCUGCCCCAACGUGCCCAUCAUCUUUGCGGAGAACAAGAAGUGCCUUGGCAACGUCCCGCGCACUCUGUCGGAGCUUGCCAAGAUGAAGCAGAAGGCGAGUCAGGAGGACUACGACCGGUUGCGGUCCUACCCGGACACGGACGGGGUCUUGAUGUGCUUUAGCAUCGACUCGCCCGACUCCCUGGAGAAUAUCCCAGAGUCCGGGAGACCGCAGGUGCGCUACUUCUGCCCCAGCGUGCUCAUCAUCUUUGCGGGGAAGAAGUGCCUUGGGAACGUCCCGCGCACUCUGUCGGAGCUUGCCAAGAUGAAGCAGAAGGCGAGUCAGGAGGACUACGACCGGUUGCGGUCCUACCCGGACACGGACGGGGUCUUGAUGUGCUUUAGCAUCGACUCGCCCGACUCCCUGGAGAACAUCCCAGAGUCCGGUAGACCGGAGGUGCGCUACUUCUGCCCCAGCGUGCCCAUCAUCUUUGCGGGGAACAAGAAGUGCCUUGGCAACGUCCCGCGCACUCUGUCGGAGCUUGCCAAGAUGAAGCAGAAGGCGAGUCAGGAGGACUACGACCGGUUGCGGUCCUACCCGGACACGGACGGGGUCUUGAUGUGCUUUAGCAUCGACUCGCCCGACUCCCUGGAGAACAUCCCAGAGUCCGGUAGACCGGAGGUGCGCUACUUCUGCCCCAGCGUGCCCAUCAUCUUUGCGGGGAACAAGAAGUGCCUUGGCAAUGUCCCGCGCACUCUGUCGGAGCUUGCCAAGAUGAAGCAGAAGGCGAGUCAGGAGGACUACGAGCGGUUGCGGUCCUACCCGGACACGGACGUCGUCUUGGUGUGCUUUAGCAUCGACUCGCCCGACUCUCCUGGAGAACAUCCCAGAGACCGGGAGACCGGAGGUUCCCCGUAG